AUGGAGGAGCCACCUAAUCUAUCGAUCCAUGAUCGUCAUACUCAAGAUACACAGACCGCUGAGGCUCAAGCUACUUCUUCAUCAGCAAGUCCUUAUAUCUCGACCCAAAUAUCCUCCCAGCGUUUGGGACUGGAUUCUGCAAUACCGGGCUCUUUUGAUAGUACGCUCGGUCGUCGAUUGCUACCAGGUGGUACUCAAUCUAUGUCAAGAUUCAACACUUUUACGAAGUUUCCGCAGUUACCCCGCGAGAUCCAGCGAAUGGUGUGGAGAGAGACCUUACCAGGUCCCAAAAUUCUUCUUAUAAAGCCUAUCCUGCGCAAUGGCAUUCCGCGACCGAGGACAACACCAGGGGACACACCACCGAUUAUAUUGCCACCACAGACCUACAUCCGUUACAAAUCAAAUUAUAGUAUGCCGAGUACGAUCUUGGCGAGCAAGGAAGCUUUAGAUGUGGUCUCAAAACAAACUCUGCCCAUAAGAAAAUCUUUUAUUCGUAACCACAUCCCGAGACAACCGUUUCGGAAAAAGAUUUUGCUCGAAAUCAAAAGCGACACGGUUUACAUUGAGCUGGAGGAUCUUGCUUACCUUUGCAACGCGCCGCUUCCUCGUAGGAUCUUAGGGGAUCUCUGGCCUUGGAUGGAUUUUGAAGAGAAAGGCAUGGUGAACCUCGCACUCGUACCUCCCUGUAAUUCGAGAUCCAGAAUGCUCUUGACAUACGUCGGGGGAAUUAUACAUAUCCUCCCUUGUGUGCGUCACUUGACCUUUAUCAUUGCAGACGAAACGCAAAAUCUCCUACCCGCAGAGAGAGACCUGGCGUUCGAGGACCCAAUCGAUGUUGACUACGCUCUUGACUUAUUCGCCAAGGAUCCACGAGAAGUAGCGUGUGAGGAUUUGCCAAAACAUCAUCACGUCAGGGAAGAAGAAGAUAUCAAAUUUGACAUGGCUGAAUUGAAAAAGAUACGGCUCAAGAACGCUGAUCAAUUUCGCCGUCCCUUCAUUAUCCCUGAAGAUCUAGUUAUCGACUUCAAGAUUGUGAUUCUGAGGGAGAAGGCAGAGGAAUUGGCUAGGAGAAAGAAACGCUUUUAUGCAUUGAAGAAAUUGAUUAAUAAAGGGCUAGAUGUGCCAUCGCAAGGUGUUUCUCAUUAG